UGUAGUUCUGUUGAAAAAAGACAAGUCAUUGGUCGAACCGCCGAAUAUUAAAAGUAUUCGUUUCACCCCUGAUUGGAUAACCACUUACACAAGGGCUUGCAUAAGGCAACAACAUUGAAAUUGUAUAAGGCAAUUUACACAACGCAUUAGAAUACAGUAACCUUUUCACUGGAGUCCUGCUGAAAACUGAUAUAAGAGUUGGGGAAUUUGGAUCAAUUCCAUUUCUAUUCAGAUUGUUGUGAUGAUGCUGCGUUGGUGGGCGGGUCUUCCCCUGCUCCUCCCCCUCCUGGUGCUGUGUGGGCGUGGUUUGGCCCAGAGUUCCGAGCCCAUGUUUCGGUCGGUGACUGAGACAGUCCUACCGCCUGACAACCAGCACAACCCCACCCAGCUGAACUAUGGGAUGGCUGUUACUGAUGUGGAUGGAGACGGAGACCUGGAGGUGGUGGUGGCGGGGUACAACGGUCCUAACCUGGUCCUGAAGUAUGACCGUGGUCAGCAGAGGCUGGUGAACAUAGCGGUGGAUGACCGCAGCUCUCCAUUCUACGCCCUGAGAGACCCCCUGGGGAACGCCAUCGGGGUGACUGCCUGCGACGUAGACGGGGACGGGCGGGAGGAGAUUUACUUCCUCAAUACAAACAACGCUUACUCUGGUCGGGCCACAUACUCUGACAAGCUCUUUAAGUUCCGUAACGGACACUUCGAGGACCUGCUGGGUGAUGACAUCAACGUGCGCCGAGGAGUAGCCAAUCGGAUGGCAGGACGCUCCGUGGCGUGUGUGGACAGAAAAGGUACAGGGCGUUAUGCUGUGUAUGUAGCUAACUAUGCCAGUGGAAAUGUUGGUCCCCAUGCCCUGAUAGAGAUGGACGAGGCAGCCAGUGACCUGGCCAAGGGCAUCAUCGCCUUGUCUGACGUAGCAGCACAGGCCGGGGUCAACAAGUACACAGGUGGGCGUGGUGUAGUGGUUGGACCAAUCCUGAGCCAGAGCAGCUCUGAUGUGUUCUGUGACAACGAGAACGGACCUAACUUCCUGUUCCGGAACAAUGGAGACGGAACCUUCACUGACAUGGCUCAACAGGCAGGUGUGGAGGACCGCUAUCAGCACGGCCGAGGUGUGGCGCUGGCAGACUUUAACGCUGACGGGAAGACUGAUAUCGUCUACGGAAACUGGAAUGGCCAGCACAGACUGUACCUACAGGACAACAACCAGAGAUUCAGGGACAUAGCCAGUGGGUCGUUCUCCUCUCCCUCUCCCGUGCGGACGGUCAUUGCUGCUGACUUUGACAAUGACCAGGAGCUGGACAUCUUCUUCAACAACAUCGCCUACAGAGGACAUGCCCCCAACAGGCUCUUUAGGGUGGCCAGGAGGGCUGGUGCUGACCCCCAGAUAGAGGAGCUAAACGUGGGGGAGGCAGCAGAGCCACAGGGCCGGGGUACAGGUGCCACGGUAACAGACUUUGACGAGGAUGGUCAGUUGGACCUGCUGGUGGCUCAUGGGGAGAGUGCCUCUCAGCCCAUCUCUGUUUUCAAGGUUACUCAGGGCUCGUCCAAUCACUGGCUGCGUGUAAUCCCUCGCACGCGGUUCGGCUCCUUCGCCCGCGGGGCCCGGGUCACGGCCUACACCAAUCAGAGCGGGGCUCUCAUGCGCAUCAUCGACGGCGGCUCGGGGUACCUCUGUGAGAUGGAGCCUGUCGCCCACUUUGGACUGGGCAAGGACGAGGUCACCGUGGUGGAGGUCUAUUGGCCGGAUGGCCGUUCCGUGGCCCGCCCACUGCAGCCUGGUGACAUGAACUCUGUGAUGGAGAUUAACUACCCUAAAGAGGGGGAGGAGUCUGUGCUGACCCCUGAUACCCAGUGUGGGGAAGGAUUCUUUGUCAAGAAUGGCCGCUGUGCAGGUAUAUGAGGGCAGUGAAUGAGAUACCUUGAAGCAACAUAAAUAUACCUUGUCAUCAAGAUAAUGUAUACUGUCGAAGACCAAUGACACUACAUAUUGUUUUAGUCAUUUGAACCAGUAGAUUAUCUCUGUUUUGCUUUGAUCUUUCAUGUGUCAUCUUCUCUGUGAGUGUUACCUUUUUGUUGUUCUACUUUUCUUUGUUUUUCUUGACAAGUCAAACUGUUCCCCUUUGCUAUUUUAUUUGUUUUAUAAUAAUUAACCAUCCUUAAUAAAUCAAUUAAACAACA